AUGGACGCAACUCGCGUGUCCGAUAAGACCGUCGUGGCCAUAAAACGGCUCAAAAAGUCACGAAACCCUGAUGAGGUCGAGAUCGUCCGAUCGUUCUCACAAUUGCAGUCGUCCGACACAGCACGGAACCACACGGUUCCCAUCUUCGACGCCCUGGACUCCCCGCAUGACAAGGACACGACGCUGCUUGUCAUGUCGUACCUCGUGGAGUACGACAAGAUACCGUUCGCGACAAUAGGCGAGGUGACUGAAUUCUUUCGGCAGCUUCUGGAGGGGCUUCGGUUCAUACACGGACACAACGUCGCCCACCGCGACAUCAUGGCGUCCAACAUCAUGAUGCAGCCGUCGGUCUACUCCGAGGCCCCACACCCGGUCAUCAGGUCGAAGAGUUACGACUACAAGAGAAGCGUGAAGCGUCGCACCCGCACGGAGCGUCCCGCGAAGUAUUACUACACCGACUUCGGAAUCGCAUGCCGACUGCCACCAGACGUCGAGGACCCCCGCGAGGAGCCCAUGCUGGGAGGCGACCGAACUGUCCCCGAGCAUCAGCACGCUGCAGGCCCGCAGAACCCCUACGCUACGGACAUAUAUUGUCUAGGCAAUACGUUUCGAACGCAGUUUCUCCAGGCAUGUCAUCUUCGCGCGUACCCGCCAGACGCGGCGCCACUGAUCUCGGCCAUUCUUCAGAAGUACUAUGACCUGGAGUUCCUUGCUCCGCUCGUGGACGCUAUGGUCCAGCAGGAUCCGAAAGCUCGCCCGACUAUCGAUAGCGCUUGCGACGUGUUCGAUGAGAUCCUCACGGCUAGUCCGUUGUCCCGGCUUCGCUCCCGUGCCAAACGGCGUGGAGAGGAUCCUAUCGCUGGAUUAUACAGGGCGUGUCGCCAUGUCAUUCGGACGGCAACAUAUGUCAUCACUCGAAAAUCCGCACUCGCAACGCCCGACCCCGCCGUGCGGAAAAGGUUCGCCGUUCGUGGUUCCAAACGCACCGCGACCAAGACUGCCACGGUCACCUCCGCUACGACUACCUCCGCUACGAACCAGCCCGCGACGUCCGAGAAGGCACCUGAACCCAGCACUGCCCCGCAACCCUCUGACGCUCCUUAUGCCUACACCAAACACGAGGUGCGGAUUGUUGUGCCAGUGGUAUGCGUUUACUUAUGGCUCCUUUGA